AUGCCGAUGCCAAGCGAAUGUGGUGUUGUUCUCAGCAACUUCGUUACUGCUACUAAUCCCUGGAUCUUAGAGCACAGACUUUUUGCUCCCGUUUGUUAUGGCUCUGAUACCACGAGAAAAACAAAGGAAGCUCUCAAAACGAUGAUCCUUUCCAUUGAACCUUAUGGUAUUUAUAUACAGAGGGGUUCCUUGAUUCCUAGAAACAAAGGAAGUCCCAAUCCCAGUGCCGAUUGCUGUAGCUGGAACUACGUCGGAUGCGACCCUUCAGACCGUGUCACCCAAAUCCUCUUCUACAACAUCCACACUCCUUUCCAGAUCCCGGAGGCCGUCGGUGACCUCCCGUACCUGAACACUCUUGACUUCAAUGAUAUCCCCAAUUUCACUGGUUCCAUCCCCUACUCCAUCACAAAACUUCAGAACCUCGAAAUACUCCGCAUAUGGAACACCAGCCUCUCCGGUCCUAUCCCUGAAUUUCUAAGCCAACUCAAAAAUCUCAGAUAUCUCUAUCUGGGCUACAACCAACUUUCUGGUCCAAUCCCAGCUUCUCUUGCAAAUCUUAACAAACUGCAAAGUCUUGACCUCCUUUCGAACAAACUCAGUGGAAGCAUACCCGACUCAUUUGGGAGUUUCAAAGACGGCGAAUACAGCAUUUUCUCUCUCGAUCUAUCUCACAACCAGCUCUCCGGUGGAAUCCCAACAUCGAUUAAUGUCUCAAGCAUCGACCUGUCGCAUAACAAACUCAAUGGGGACGCAUCAAUGUUGCUGAGGGAGAAUGGAGCAGAGGAAUGGAUCUACUUAUCUCACAACCAACUCGACUUUGAUCUGACGAAGGUGAAGUUUCCAAAGAAGUUAAAAGUUUUAGAUUUGUCCCACAACCAGAUUCACGGCAACAUUCCGAAGCAGGUGAUUAAGUUGGAUUUGGAAAGCAUGGAUUUGAGUUAUAAUCAGCUCUGCGGAAAGAUUCCGUUCGGUGGGAAUGUGCAGAAGAUGGGUGCCAAAUCCUUUGCCCACAAUCGCUGUUUGUGCGGCCCACCACUCCCGAACAAGUGCAACUAAACCAGUCGGCAUGCAGAGAAAGAAGACACCUGCAAUCACUGCCUGGAGACGAGUCAGAUUUCAGUAACAGGAAUAAUAGCAC